AUGGCAGUCACCUACCGCAAUGGAAUUUCCAUCUUAGAAUUGAUCGCCUACCUCCCGUCUUUUUUUGUGGCCACUUUCCUAGUCUACCGCCAUGGUGUACGGAAAAGUGGUGGUUUUGUCUUCCUCGUUAUAUUCACGAUUGUUCGUAUUGUUGGCGCGUGCUGCGAGCUAGCGACCAUCAACAGCCCAUCAACCGGGCUCUAUACAAUAGCUGCAAUUUGCAGUUCUAUCGGUUUAUCCCCUCUGCUGAUGACAUGCUCGGGCCUACUUUCAAGGGCAAAUCAAUCUAUGCCCCGUCCCCGUAUUCACCAUUUUGCUUUUACCUUUUUCCGGGUUGUCACCAUUGUUGCUUUGGCUCUUACAGUCUCCGGACUUACAUGGAAUAUGACACUGGACGGUCUGAAGCAUCCAAAUAUAGUGGCCAAAGUCGGCAUGAGCUUAUACCUUUGUGACUGGGUUGUGAUGUGCAUACUGCUUGGUAUUCUAUUCUUAUCUCGGUCUUCAAUCGAGAAAGGAGAGAAUCGUACUCUGGCAGCAGCAGCCGUUUCGGCACCGUUUAUACUUGUGCGUAUCAUUUACGACAUGCUGCUGUUCUUUCUUGCCAACUCGACUUUCAACAUAAUCGACGGAAGUUAUACUGUUCAGCUAUUUAUGUCUGUCUUUGAUGAGCUCAUUGUUGCUUUCGUUUGCUUGGCUGUUGGCUUUACUUUGAGGGUUCGGGAAAAAUACUGGAAGUCGGUCCCAGACCUUGAUGUGGCAUGA